UGUCUUGUCAGUAAUUUAUCGCUCAGUCACGUACUUGAUCUUCGAGGAUUAAUAUCGAUCUGUGAGUUCGUGUUUGGACAGCUAGUAUUAAUUUUGUAGAAACUUCCGUCAUAUAACCUCCUGAAUUUAAAUACAAUAUUUAGCGGCUUAUUUAUAAAUAUGGCUUCAAGAGUACCAAGAGUGAGGUUUAACAAUAACUUGGAGUGCCCCAUACUUGGGCUAGGCACAUGGAAGUCGAAACCGGGCGAGGUGACACAAGCGGUGAAGGACGCCAUAGACGUUGGCUACCGCCAUUUUGACUGCGCUUUUGUCUAUGGCAACGAGAAAGAGGUCGGCGCCGCCAUCACUGAGAAAAUAAAGGCGGGCGUUGUUAAGCGGGAGGACCUAUUCAUCACAUCCAAGUUAUGGAACACCUUCCAUCGGCCGGACCUAGUCCGCGGCGCUCUCAACGCCACCUUGCAGAACCUCAACUUGACAUAUUUGGACCUGUACCUCAUACACUGGCCGCAAGCUUACAAGGAAGAAGCAGGCAGCCUCUUCCCGGCAGAUGAGGCCGGCAAAAUCCAAUUCUCCGAUGUGGACUACGUGGACACGUGGAAGGAGAUGGAGGGGCUGGUCCGCGACGGACUGGUCCGCAGCAUCGGCGUCUCCAACUUUAACAGGAGGCAGCUGGAGAAGUUGCUGCCAGCGGCGACUAUAACGCCUGUCACUAAUCAAGUCGAGUGCCAUCCCUACCUAAAUCAAAGUCGGUUGAAAGCGUUCUGCGAAGAGCGUGGUAUAAAGAUCACGGCCUACUCUCCGCUGGGGUCGCCGGACAGGCCGUGGGCGAAGCCCGGCGAGCCGCUGCUGUUAGAAGACCCCAAACUCAAGGCCAUCGCCGACAGGAUCGGGAAGAGCGUCGCUCAAGUACUGAUCAGAUACCAAAUAGAGCGCGGCGUCAUCGUCAUCCCGAAGUCAGUAACGAAGUCGCGCAUCGCUAGCAACUUUGAAGUUUUCGAUUUCCAGCUGUCCAAACAGGACUUGGAAUUGAUCGACUCCUUCGACUGUAAUGGGCGCCUGGUACCCAUGACUGCCUCCCUCGGACACAAGCAUCACCCGUUCGAAAAUGACGAAUAUUAAAUGAAUUUACAUUCCUAAUAAUAUGUAUAUAAAUACAUAAUUUUUAUAAUAAUGUAUUAUAAAUGAAUUAUGUGAUAACGUGUGUUAUGAUGCAUUUAUGUUUGCAAUGAAAUAAAUAUAUUUUAUUCUGUGUAAA